AUGGGGAAAUUACAUACUAGGUUAGGGCUUGGUGGGGUGGUUUGUGUUCCCCGUGUUGGUUUUUCAGGAGGUCUAUGUCUACUCUGGCAGGUAGGGCUCCAGGUUGAUCUACUCUCUUCCUCUCCUGGACAUAUAGAUGUUCGGGUUACUAUGAAUACUUAUGCAACUUUCCGUGUGACUGGUUUUUAUGGUCAUCCUGACCAAACCCAGCGCCAUCAUUCAUGGGAGCUACUGCGGCGCUUGGGUAGAGUGGAUCUUGGACCCUGGCUAUGCUGUGGGGAUUUCAAUGAAGUAAUGGAAUGCAACGAAAAGAGUGGGAACCGUUUGAGACGUGAUGCACAGAUGGAGGAUUUUAAAAUGGCCAUUACAGAUUGUUGUUUGUUUCAGUUUGAGUUUACAGGUUAUCCCUUUACAUGGAGCAAUAAACGGAAGGAUACAGCUCAUGUGGAGGCUCGCUUGGAUAGAGGGUUUGGAAAUUUGGCACUUCUGCAACACUGGGGCAAUUUCACGUCCCAUCAUUUAGUUGCUUUCUCCUCUGACCACCAUCCGAUUCUCAUUGCAUCUGACAGGCCACAAGGUGACAAAGCUAGAGAUCCUAGAGGUCGUCGUCGGUUUCAUUUUGAGGAGGUAUGGACUACGGAAGUUGACUGUGAAGAGGUUGUUCGUCAAUCUUGGCAGAAUGCAGUGUCACCCCUUUCUAAUAUUGCCAACUGUGCCAGCAACUUGUCACGCUGGUGUGCCGAAAAGGGUGGCCAGGUCCCCAAGAAAGUUAAGGAGUUACGGCUUAGGUUGGCAAGUCUUCAAUCAGAUGAGCCGUCGACGCAGACUUUUCAUACUCGUAGUCUCAUUGAAACUGAACUUGAUAAGUGUCUUGAACAGGAAGAAAUUUAUUGGCACCAGAGAUCGCGGGUCCAGUGGCUUCAGCAUGGAGACCGUAACACCUCUUUUUUUCAUAAGCAAGCCACAAGUCGCAGGAAGAAAAAUGCCCUAGUAGGGAUACUAGAUGAAAAUGAUCGUUGGCAGAGUGAAAAUGAUAAAAUAGGUGGAGUUUUUGUGGAGUUUUUUACAAAUCUUUUCACAUCGGAUAUGGGCGUUGCUGAUGUGGAGGUUUUUAGUGCUGUCCAAGCGCGAGUGUCCUCACGUUCUUAUCAUAAUCUGCUCCUCCCGUAUUCUAGGGAUGAGAUCGAAGUAGCCCUUAACUUUAUUGGCCCGUCAAAAGCUCCAGGUCCAGAUGGUAUGCCUGCACUCUUCUAUCAGAAAUAUUGGAGCAUUGUGGGUCCGGAUGUUAGUGAUUUGUGUCUGAGAGUUUUAAAUGGUAGUGAUGGUGUUAACGAUUUCAACCAUACGUUGGUGGCUCUGAUUCCGAAAGUUAAUUCUCCCACCCGUGUUUCGGAAUAUCGUCCUAUCAGUUUAUGCAAUGUCCUCUACAAGAUUAUCUCCAAAACUCUUGCCAAUAGACUGAAGAAGGUGUUACCUGAGGUUAUUUCUGAAUUCCAGAGUGCAUUUAUUCCCAACCGUAUGAUUUUGGAUAAUGUCUUAGCAGCUUUUGAAACGGUCCAUUGUUUGAAGAGAUGGGGAAAAACAGGCAAAAAGAAAUUAAUUUUGAAGCUUGAUAUGGCCAAGGCCUACGACAGAGUUGAAAGGAAAUUUUUGGAGCAGAUGUUGCGGACUAUGGGUUUCCCAAUCCGGUUUAUUCAAUUAAUUAUGGGGUGUGUGACUACUGUUUCUUAUUCGCUGUUAAUUCAGGGGCGGCCAUUUGGGCGUAUUAUCCCUUCUCGAGGCUUACGGCAAGGGGAUCCUAUAUCACCGUAUCUUUUCCUUAUUGUGGCUGAAGCCUUCUCGGCUCUCCUCCAGCAGGCUGAGAGGGAUUCUAGAUUACAUGGUGUCUCCAUUGCCCCUUCUGCUCCUUCUAUUAACCAUCUCUUUUUUGCCGACGACAGCCUUCUGUUUUGUAAUGCUGGGACAACUGAGGCUCUCGAGCUUAAACGUAUUUUUGGAGUGUAUGAGUCGGCUUCUGGACAAAAGGUCAACCUUGGAAAAUCUGCCCUUUGCUUUAGCCCUUCCACCCCAAGGGUGUUGCAGGACGACAUUCGUCAGCUGUUGAACGUGACUAUUGUCCCUUGUCAUGAGCGGUAUUUGGGCCUCCCUACUAUCGUCGGUAAGGAUAAGAAAAAACUGUUCCGUACGGUGAAGGAUCGAGUUUGGAAUAAAGUUAAUGGUUGGCAAGGCAAGCUUCUGUCGAAGGCCGGGAAAGAAGUGCUCAUCAAAUCAGUAUGUCAGGCAAUUCCUUCAUAUUCUAUGAGUGUGUUUCGAUUGCCUGUCGGGUUAUGUCGCGAGAUUGAGAGUAUCAUUGCCAAAUUCUGGUGGUCUAAAAAUGAUGGUAGAGGUAUUCAUUGGAAAACAUGGAGGUUUAUGUGCCAACACAAGUCUGAUGGGGGGAUAGGUUUUAGGGAAUUGACAAGCUUUAAUCAAGCUCUUCUGUGUAAACAAGGAUGGCGGCUGCUGGAAUUUCCUAACUCACUGAUUGCCCGGAUGUUUAAGGCUCGUUAUUUUCCACAUUCUGAUUUUUUGGCAGCUUCGAGUGGGUCCCUUCCAUCGUUUACUUGGCAGUCGUUACUAUGGGGGCGGGAUCUGCUCCGGCUGGGCCUAAGGUGGCGCAUUGGUGAUGGCCGGUUGGUUAAUAUCUAUGGCGACCCUUGGGUGCCUUAUGAUCGUUUUUUCACUAUCCAGUCGAUCCCUACUCUUCCAGUUACCUCCCGAGUUUGUGAUCUUUUUACCGCUAGUGGCGGGUGGGAUGUUAGGAAGGUUUUUGCUUCUUUCUCAUUUCCAGAAGCUGAAGCUAUUUUAUCUAUUCCCUUAAUGGGUGAUACUCUGGAUCGGAGAAUAUGGAACUUUACUAAAAAUGGAAGGUACUCGGUUAAGAGUGGGUACUGGGCUGCUCUGGAAUAUAAGAGGCUGGAGGAGUUGUCCACAGGGGGCGUCGCUGGCCCUUCCUCUUCUUCCUUGAAGAGUUGGAAGCACCUGUGGAAGCUGAAAGUGCCACAAAAAAUCCUUCAUCUGUUAUGGCGUGUGGCUCAAGAUAUCCUCCCUUCCAAGGAGGUCUUAUUCCGGCGCCGGAUUACACAGGGGGAGGUGUGGGAGGCUUUAGAUUUUCCCAGUAAUUUCCUUCUUCCUACUUUAGCUGACGUUGGAACCUGGAUGGAUGCAAUUUGGUCUAUUAUUCCCCCUGAUAAGCAGUCUCUCUUUGCAUUUACUGUGAGUUUAUCCUCGCCGGUUUGUGAUAUUAAAUGGAGGCCUCCUACGGGUAAUUGUUUCAAGUUAAAUGUGGAUGGGGCUACUGACAUGGAGACGGGAGCUAGGGGAGCUGGUGCCAUCGUCCGUGACUCUCAUGGAAAACUGGUUGGGGCUCUAGCCAUGCGGGCCCCAAGUCGGAUCUCUGUACUAGCAACAGAGCUGUAUGCUCUUAAAGUUGGAAUCUCUUUUGCGUUGGAUAUGUCCCCAGUGCCUCUGGAGAUUGAGUCUGAUUCCUUGCAGGCAGUUUCUAUGGUCAACAGUGAGGAGGAAUGCCUUGCUGCUGAGGGAGGUCUGGUGGAUGGAGUGCGACGCCUUCUGGUCAGGUCUGCGUCUACUGCUGUUCGACAUAUUCCUCGCCAAGCGAACAAGGCUGCCCAUCGCAUUGCCCGAUUCAGUCUACGCGAUCAAAGUUUGUCGCUCUGGUUGGAUGUGGGUCCUUUGUGGCUUAUGGACGCUGUUUAUGAUGAUUGUCACGAGCCUACUGUCGUUUGA